UGUACACAAGGCUGGUGCGGUGCAGCCGCCACAUUCACUUCCUCCUGCCAGCACAGCUGCACUUAGCCGGCUUGCUGCCUGGUAAGGAAUGACCUCCCUGCCGUACACCACGACAAACGCUUCCAGCAACCCAGUCAUGACUCAGAGCAACCAGACCUGCUCCAGUUACACCAUAACGUUCAAAAGCAGCCUCUAUGCCACCACCUACACCCUCAUCUUCAUCCCUGGCCUGCUGGCCAACAGCGCUGCCCUCUGGGUGCUGUGCCGCUUCAUCAGCAAGAAGAACAAAGCCAUCAUCUUCAUGAUCAACCUGGCCGUGGCCGACCUGGCUCACGUCCUCUCGCUGCCGCUGCGCAUAUACUACUACAUCAGCCACACCUGGCCUUUUGGGGUGUCCCUCUGCUUGCUGUGCUUCUACCUGAAGUACCUCAACAUGUACGCCAGCAUCUGCUUCCUCACCUGCAUCAGCAUCCAGCGGUACUUCUUCCUCUACCAGCCCUUCAGAGCCAAGGGCUGGAAGCGGCGGUACGACGUGGCCAUCAGCGCCGCGGUGUGGCUCGUCGUCGGCUUGGCCUGCUUGCCCUUCCCCAUCAUGCGCAGCGGGGCACAGGACAAGGAGCUCUGCUUUGCUGACCUUCAGGUCUCUCAGAUCAGCAACAAGGUGGCCACCGUGGUGAUGAUGGGCACGGCGGAGCUCUUCGCCUUCGUGGGCCCGCUCGCCAUCAUUUUGUUCUGCACUUGGAAAACCAAAGACUCCCUUAGGGACUUCCAGAUCCCCAUGCAGAGCAGCAGGGAGCGGCGCAAAGCCCUGAGGAUGGUUUCCAUGUGUGCCAUCGUCUUCUGUGUCUGUUUUGCACCGUACCACAUCAACUUCUUCUUCUACAUGUUGGUGAAAGAAAACGUCAUCACGGACUGCUUCCUAACAGCCAUCACGCUCUACACCCAGCCCUUCUGCUUAAGUCUCGCCAGUCUGGACUGCUGCUUGGAUCCCAUCCUGUAUUUCUUUAUGACUUCAGAGUUUCAGGACCAGAUAACAAGGCACAGCAGCUUGGCCAUCAGGAGUCGGCUGAUGAGCAAAGAGAGUGGCUCAUCAGUGAAGGAGUGAGGAGAAACCCAGCUGGAAAGCUGAAGAUGUGGUAUCUGGGGCUGCUGUGCUCCGCCAGGGAAGACCUUGCAAGUUUGCUCAGGAGAGUUUUCUGGCAGUGAAAUCUUUUGACAGACAGAAGAUGAAAAACUCUGUUUCAGACCAGUGUGUUGGAAGCUGCAGUGCCAACACCUACUGCUGGCCGUGCCUGGCCUAGCUGGAGUAAAAAGCCACAGGAGGGAGUGACAAACCUUUUGCUUGGAAGUGGUGGAAAUGCCCCAGGAGCUUUCCUUCUGUUUUCCCAACUCCUGGCUCUGUGGUGAAGCCAGAGACAGUGCUACACCCCUGCAGUGCCACCUGGUGAAGUGUCUUCUCUGCCAAAAACCCACCACGCGUCCGAGAACCUGAAAGAGGCUGCAGGCACGUGAAGGUUGGAAGCUUGCUUCAACACAGCAGCCCCAGCUUGCCACUGCCCACUCCUGGCUUUGAGUGCACCCCACUGGUCACCGCAUUUGCCUCUGCCUCAGCUUCCCUACACUCCUCACUUGCUCUCAUUAUUCUCUCUUCACCCAGGUCUAAGUUUGCCCCUCAACCGCUGACAGAUCUCAUACCUUUGCACCUGCAGCUGGUCCAACACCCUCUGCAAGAAAACAACUCCACACUCCAUAAAAUGGGACCGUCCCUUGCUCCAAGUGACUUCUCUCCCCUUUGAGCUGCCCUCAUUGGCAAGGGAGACAUCAGGAUGUGAUGUGACCCCGGAGGGCAUGACCGCCGGGACCACUGCUGCUGGCUCGGCGUCGGUGCCACUCGGUUCGAACAUGCUGCUGGUACCAUGCAGAUCCUCACUCCUUUCUGCUUUGGCUUCUUGGGCCCUGCAGAGGUACCUGCUCUGGCACCUGCAGUGGAUCUGCCUCACGAAACCUUGGCUCAACAGUUCAACUGACACAUCCAUUAGGAAAAAGAGGUGUCCCUGCCAAGGUGAUUUCACUGACAGUGAUCUUCUGUCCUCUCAUGGUUAAGAGUUUCAUUAUCGGCUAGAGGACUGCUGACCACGUAGCAGCUUUCUCAUGAGCUAAAGAUGGUGCAGCACUGUCAGCCAAGGAGACUGCAGGGGCUUUGGAGUUUUGGUGAUGUUUGUGGAACCCAAAGUCUCCCACGAAGACUUUCAAAACCCACCUGGAUGUAAUCCUGGGCAACCUGCUGUGGGUGACCCUGCUUUAGCAGGGGACUUGGACUAGAUGGUUCCCAGGUGUCCCUUCUAACCCCCACCAUGCUGAGAUUCAGGCAUUUUUAUGGACCUAGAUGGUCCCCAGGUGUCCUUUCCAGUCCCCACCAUGCUGAGAUUCUGGGAUUUUUAUGGACCUGUGGCCAGGAGCUGUUUCCUGUGGUUUCCCUUUCACACAAUUCUCUGUUUAUCAGGUGAACACGAGCUGAAGGCACUGUUAUAGUAACUAGGCAGCUUGUCCUAUGUUCUUCUUCCCAGAAACUGAUGCUUAAAAAAAGAAU